GCCACCGGGAGAGGGGCGACAGACUGCUGCGCGUCAGGGGAUACCAGUCACCAUCCACACGGUUCGAGCGACAUCCCAUCGCGGGCAAUGACAUCAACAGACUGAAGUGGGAAUACACGAGAAAACGCAAAAAUGACGGUGGACUUUGAAGAAUGUAUAAAGGAUUCACCCCGAUUCAGGGCUGGCAUCGAUGAUGUGGAGACAGAUGUGGUGGAGAUUGAGGUGAAGCUGGAUAAGCUGGUGAAGCUGUGCAGCGGGAUGAUCGAGGCUGGCAGAGCCUACGUCAGCGCCAACAAGCUCUUUGUCAACGGCAUCAAAGACCUGUCCCAGCAGUGCAAGAAAGAGGAGACGAUAUCGGAAUGCCUUGAAAAGUGUGGAGAAAGCCUGCAGGAGAUCGUCAACUAUCACACGAUUCUGUUCGACCAGGCCCAGAGGUCCAUCAAGCAGCAGCUUCACACCUUCAUUAAAGAGGAUGUGCGUAAAUUCAAGGACACUAAGAAGCAGUUUGACCGGGUGCGUGAGGACAUGGAGCUGGCUCAAGUGAAGAACGCUCAGGCUCCCAGGAACAAAGUGCAUGAAGCUGAAGAGGCCACGCAGGCCCUCAUCCUCAGUCGCAAAGCCUUCAGACACCUGGCCCUGGACUACGUACUGCAGAUUAAUGUGCUUCAAGCCAAGAAGAAGUUUGAAAUCCUGGAUGCAAUGCUGUCCUUUAUGCGUGCUCAGUACACUCUGUUUCAACAAGGCUACAACAUCCUGGAUGAGAUUGACCCCUACAUGAAAAAGCUGGCUGCACAGCUGGAUCAGCUGGUGAUCGACUCGGCCAUGGAGAAGAGGGAGCUGGAGCACAAACACGCUCUCAUCCAGCAGAGAACUCUGAUGCAGGACUUUUCUUACGAUGACCCCAAGCUGGAAUUCAAUGUGGAUGCCCCAAAUGGUGUCGUCAUGGAGGGCUACCUUUUCAAGAGGGCCAGCAAUGCAUUCAAGACCUGGAAUAGGCGGUGGUUUUCUAUACAAAACAGUCAGCUGGUCUACCAAAAGAAACUCAAGGACUCUUUGACGGUGGUUGUGGAGGACUUGAGACUGUGCUCGGUCAAACCAUGUGAAGAUAACGAGAGAAGAUUUUGCUUUGAGGUGGUUUCACCUACCAAGAGCUGUAUGCUGCAGGCAGAGUCUGAGAAGUUGCGACAGGCUUGGAUCCAGGCUGUCCAGGCCAGCAUUGCCUCUGCUUACAAAGACAUCACAGACAAUUAUUACAUUGAGCGCUUGGACCGCACCGCCUCCCCCUCUACCAGCAGCAUCGACUCAGCCAGUGAGCCCAGAGAGAGGGGGGAGAGGGCUGACAGGGGAGUACGGGGAGGAGGUGGGGAAAGCCUCCUUCAGAGGGUGCAGAGCCUGCCGGGAAACGAGUUGUGCUGUGACUGCGGCCAAGUAGCUCCAUGCUGGGCCUCCAUCAACCUGGGAGUUCUGCUCUGCAUCGAGUGCUCAGGCAUCCACAGGAGUUUAGGCGUCCAUUGCUCCAAAGUGCGCUCACUGACGUUGGACUCAUGGGAGCCAGAAUUGCUUAAGCUGAUGUGUGAGCUGGGGAACACUGUGAUCAAUCAAAUUUAUGAGGGAGCCUGCGAGGAACUGGGAGCCAAAAAACCUGGACCAUCCAGUUCAAGACAGGAGAAAGAAGCCUGGAUCAAGUCUAAAUAUGUGGAGAAACGCUUCCUAAAGAAGAUGAGUGGGAGUGAGGCAUUGGUGGAAGGAGAGAGGAAGUCUCGGCAGUGGACAGUGAAGAAGUGUCAUCGGCACAACAGCUCCAUACGAGCCCCCAACAAGGCCCGGAGGAAAUACCAUCGCUAUGAGCCAGGCAGUGCGUCACCUGCAAACCUGUCAGCAGCAGCUGCAGCAAAGUUUCGCCGGGACUCCCUGUUUUGUCCAGAUGAGCUGGAUUCACUGUUUUCCUACUUUGACACUGGCUCUGGUCCUCGCAGCCCCGCAGGUCUUAGCAGCGACAGUGGCCUGGGAGGAAGCACUGACGGCAGCACAGACAUCCUGGUGUUUGGCUCAGUGGUGGACAGUGUCACAGAAGAAGAAGAGGAGUCAGAGGAGUCCUCCAGUGGCGAGGUGGAGAUAGAACAGGAAGUUCAUUCAGACCCUGAAGACCCAAGGGAGCUUCACCCUGGAGCACUCCUGCACCGAUCCUCUCGUCUACACAACCUACCGCUCAUGGCAGAGGCUUUAGCACACGGUGCUGACGUACACGCUGCUAGUGAGGAGGAGGAGGGGAAGACGCCUCUUAUUCAAGCCGUUAUUGGGAGCUCUCUGAUUGCCUGUGAGUUCUUGCUGCAGAACGGAGCCGACGUGAACCAGAGAGACAUGAGGGGCAGAGGCCCUCUGCACCAUGCCACCUAUCUGGGACACACCGGUCAGGUGUGUCUGUUCCUGAAGAGAGGAGCAUCACAGACAGAGGUGGACGAGCAGGGACAUGACCCUCUGAGUAUCGCUGUCCAGGCCGCCAAUGCAGACAUAGUCACCCUAUUGCGUCUAGCACGGAUGAACGAAGAGAUGCGAGAGGCAGAGGCUCCCUUGGGUCAACCAGGGGUUGCUGGGGGCAGCAGGAGAGUAAAACCCAAAGAUGUUCGGGAAAGAAUGACAUCUCCUGUGCUGCUGUCUUUCGCGAGUUUUCUGUCCUUGCGUCUACCCAGCCCGAGAAGCUGAGGAGAAGGAGCUUGCAAUUCAGCCGCUGCCAGAUACUGCAGUGACAUCCACUUCUUUUGACCUGUUUUCAGGCACUUUGGAAGACACACGGCUUUAAAAAAGACUUUGAAUGACUGGGAUUUGGUGCACCAGAUCGUCAAAACCAACAAACAUCAAAAGCUAUUUUAUAAACAGCUUAGCCUAUAUUGUUCUUAAUUGUUCUCAUGAGCAGGGCCAGAAUAGGAUCUGGCCAUGUCAGAAACACAUUUAUGUUUGUUUCAAGGGAGGACAGUCACAAUCUACUAUUGCACUUGCAUGAAAUAAGGGAACUUUUUCAAAUAUAUGUUCAAUAGGCCCUAAAAACACUGAUUACUGCUCAUGCAAGUGUGUAAAUAGGGUGCUAAGAAGUAUAUCCUUGUUGGAUAGGUUUCUUUCCAACAACAUAGUUGGAUUCUUUGGGGCCAAGACAUAACUAUAACACCAUCAAUGAUACUUUUAAUCAUGAUAGGCUUCAUGCAGAAUUGACAAAACAUUAAACUUGUUUAUCCACAUGGCCUGAUUGUACUCUCUGUGAUGAGUGAACUAUACUUGAUGUUUAAUCUAAUAAAUGAAAUGCUCCUUUAUUGCUUGAAUAAGGAUAUUUUGUAAAUUGAAAUCUCCUUAUUAAAUAAAUGAUUUCAGAUUGUUUUGCA